UUGCUCAGUUUAGCAGUUUAGGUGGCACGCAGAAGGAUUUUAGUUGUUGUGUCACAUUGGUGGUAUCAGGAGAAAUCUGGGGUCAAAGGUGAGGUUUCUUUCAUAGAGCGGAGAUUCCUCGGAGUUUGAGGUGGUUAUCCUCUGUUUUCUUUUAGUUUUUACAAAGAUGACCCUUGUGGCUGUCUGGUGGAGAAUUUUUGUUAAGAUUGAAAUUGGGGUUAGCACUUUUCUGAAGCCUUGUUUUAGUGUAUUUUAUAAUGCUUUCCUAUGGAGAGGUCCAACUGUAAUGUCAGCCCUAUAACCCGGUCCCUUCUGGAAUCUGUCCCAGUAAAGAGGAUGCGUGACGACAGAGGGGGAGAACAUUCAAGUCAGGCCAAGCCACGGGACCGGAAAUCAGAAGAUAGUUGUGUACACCAGGCCAAACAGCACCACAAACCGACCCGUAGAAAAGAUGCACGAGUCCUCUGUAGGAACAGUUAUCCUGUGUGUAUGGACGGUUCUACUCACCGACGCUGCGUGCCCGGAUACAGCGUUCUCCUGUAAUGACGGGUUCUGUAUAGACCGGUCCCUGCGCUGUAACGGAGUCACCAACUGUUUUGAUUCUUCAGACGAGCUGGACUGUCCCGGCGGGGGCGGUAACUCAGGGAACACUGCUCCCUCACCGCCGAGAACACCUACCCCAGCCCGGCCGGUCCCACAGUGCGGGGCGGAGCAGCACCUAUGCCGCCCGGGGUGGGGGAAGCCUGCCCAGUGUAUCACCGCGAAACGCCUGUGUGACGGCGUACCUGACUGCUGGGACCAGUCCGAUGAGAAGGAAUGUGCUGUUAAAAGCGGCCCCUGCCACGGACACUCAAACAUCAUUGAAGACGGGAUAGGUCGCUGCUUGGGCUGUAAACACCACACAGCCGGGUGGAACUGUGAGCUCUGUGAGGAGGGUUAUUUCGGUGACGCCACGAAAGGAACUCCUGAAGACUGCAGACCGAUGAAGCAGUGCUUGUGCCACGGCCACUCCAACAGAUGCGACAGCACCGGAGUCUGUAAGGGAUGUAAACACAACACGGAGGGCCUGUACUGUGAGCGGUGUAAGGAGGGGUACGUCGGGGUGGCCACCGCGGGGACGCCUGAAGACUGCCGGCGCAAGAGGGCCGACACCCCGGCCUGCCAGUGUAACGGCCACGCCAAGUUCUGCGACGAGAAGGGCAGAUGUCUGAACUGCAGGCACAACACUAUGGGGCAGAUGUGCGAGCGGUGCAAGCCGGGAUACGUGGGGAACCCCAGACAGCAGACACCCAGAGACUGCAGCCCACUCUUCCCAGGGUGCAACUGUCACGGCCACUCACUGACUUGCGACGCGUCGGGAAAAUGCACGUUCUGCGCGCACAACACGGUGGGUGACCGGUGCCAGAAGUGCCUGCCGGGGUACGUGGGUGACGCGCGGCGCGGCACGGCCACCGACUGUCAGCAGUACAGGCCCGCUGCGCCCUGCAUGUGUAACGGGCACGCCAAGCAGUGCGACAGGCUAGGCACAUGCAUGAACUGCCAGCACAACACGGAGGGCCCGCGCUGUGAGCGGUGUAAGUCUGGUUACCAUGGCGACGCCACUAAGGGGACUGCAGACGACUGUCAGCCCGUCAGACAGCAGUGCUUCUGUCACGGACACUCCCAACUGUGCGACACGCAGGGACGCUGCCAGAAGUGCCAACAUAACACGGUGGGUGCUUUUUGCGAGAUGUGUGAGCAGGGGUUCACGGGAGACGCUACCCAGGGCACUCCGCGAGACUGUGUGCGCUCUCGUUCCCAGUGUUUCUGCCACGGACACGCGGCCACGUGUGACGUCCUGGGAAGAUGCUUGAAUUGCCAGCACAACACCGCAGGCCCGCAGUGCGAGAGCUGCAAGCCGGGGUAUGUGGGAGAUCCGACUAGCGGCUCUCCUCUGUCCUGCAGGCCACAACAGGCGGCGGGACACUGGUGCAACUGUAAUGGCCACUCUGUCACCUGCGACGCGACAGGGAACUGUUUGAACUGUCUCCACAACACGGAAGGCCCGCGGUGCCAGAGCUGCCGGCCCGGUUACCGUGGCGACCCGACCCGGGGCACGCCCUACGACUGCGUACCUGUGGUGACGUGGCCACAGGAAGUGAUGACGUGUCAUCAGUGUCAUGGGCACUCAGAUCUCUGUGAUAAUAAUGGCCGCUGCUAUAACUGCCAGCACAACACGGUCGGGCUGUUCUGUGAGCGCUGUAAGCCUGGGUUUACAGGCAUCGCUACAUCCGGGUCCCCCUGGGCCUGCCGUCCCGUCGUGCCCGUGACAGAACCGGAGUGCCAGUGUCACGGACAUGCCUACACAUGUGACGCCGAGGGCAGGUGUAAGAACUGCCUUCACAACACCGCUGGCGACCGUUGCCAGUACUGCAUCCCGGGCUACGUUGGGGACGCCACUAGCGGAACACCCAUGGACUGCAGUCCCGCCGGCGUGGUCGCGACUGCGCCGCAAACGUCGUGUGAAUGUCAUGGUCAUGCAGCCCUCUGUAACCAGGAUGGACAGUGUAAGGACUGCCGACACAACACGGCGGGCGACUUCUGUGAGCGGUGCGCCCCUGGUUACUAUGGCGACGCCACCCGAGGGAAGUUCGGAGACUGCGCGAAAUGUCCAUGUCCUCUUACUGUAGCUUCCAACAGUUUUGCCAAAACCUGCAUUCUGGCGCAAGACGGGAGACCCACCUGCUCCAACUGUCGCAGGGGAUACGUCGGGCGGAACUGUGAAAGGUGUGCCCAAGUGUGGACGGGAGACCCCAAGAGAGUCGGCGGCAGGUGUACCAAGGACAGGGGGAGGGGUCGGCAGGGGAGGCGCCGGCAGGGGAGGAACAACUGACCGCCGUUACCCUUACUUCGAAUUGUAUACCGGC